ACCACCGGUAGACUUUGUCACUUUUUUUCACUGUAUGACAUCUCAUACAGCUACGUACACAUACAGACACACGCAGUCACGUUAUACAGUUACGUUUAUUUCAGUUUUUACUGUACACAAACACUGCUACAGUACCUACGUAUUUAUUUCAAAAUAUUAUAAGUACUUACUAAUUAUAUUUUAUUUAACGGUGACGCCUUACCUCCACACUACUACGUCCAAAAGAGAGGUAUGGGCACAGUGAAUCUCAUCUCGCUUAGUGUGGUAGGGCACAGCACAGUGGAAGUCAUUCCAGAUCUAGAGUAGAGCCCAAUUGAGGAAGCACCUCCACCUUACAAAAAAAAACCGCAGCCUAUUAACACUAGACCCUACUUAUAGUGUUGUGUUCCUGCCGGUAAGGUUUCCAAAACUCAACGAGAGUGCGGGGUGUUAGAGUCGGCAAUGCGCAUGUGAUACCUCUGGAGUUGCAGGCGUCAAUAGGCUACGGAGACUGCUUACCAUCAGGGGAGCCGUAUGCUUGUUUGCCAACCGACGUUGUAUAGAAAAAAAGAAUAGGUAUGCGCGAAUUUUCCCUAAACAUGAUCGUUUAUCAUACAUACAACAUGAAAAUUGUAGAAAACUAUUAUUUUAGCAUUUUUAUUUUUACUCGAAACCCCCUAUGGACCCGACAAAAAAAAAUACGGUUCAAAAUAAUUAUGCAAAAGUAAUUACUUAAAAUUGACGACUUCAUUUUCGUAGGUAAUUAACGAAAAUAUUUGCGUCACGCGUCUCCCUGUUUUUUAUACGGGUUACUAAAUAUAUAAUAAAAUUGACAAGCUACUCAAGAUUUAUUAUAAGAUUUUUAACAGCCUGUACAAAUCAAUUAGUGAAAUUAUAUAUUUUAAAAGAUUUUCCGAAAAUAAAUAAUGUAUAAAUAGAGACUUUUUAUUAAUAUUAAAAUUGUGCUAAAUAAAUAUGAAAAUGGGACAUUUUAAAUUUGUAAAUUUUUCGUAUAUUAUAGUGGUUUCAUUAUUUUCUGUGUCGGCCGUAGAAUUUAAUCGAACUGCAGAAGGUCACCAUCAAGGAUUACUUGCGGAUUGUCCAGGUUCCGAAAAACCAGUCUCCAUCAGCAGAAGAAACCUCGAACGACUGCGAAUAGCAGUAAUAGGUCCUGGCGAAUUUCCAUUCUCCGGGUAUACACUGUACAACUACUAUCACGUCAAGAACAUAGUCAAAAACCCCGAAAUAGACUUCAAGAAUAAAAAGACGUUUAUGUACGUCGGAGGAUAUGGGGAGAUAAUGAUGGCGGGCCUUGGAAGAUACUUAGCGAGCAUGUAUAAGGAAAUGGGGUAUAAUGGCCUCGUGCUGGAUACUUUCGAGUUUACUUUGCGAUAUUAUCCUGAAGCGGCGCGGGUUAUGCGAGGAGUAGGAAAACACACAGCCGAAAUGCUAGCAGAGCUAACCAAGCAGGGUUUAAACCCGAAAAACCUAACAAUCCUCGGCCUUAGCCUAGGCGGACAGACAAUGAGCUUCAUAGCCAAGAGUUACCAAGAGAUCACCGGAAAAAACAUUUCCCUUCUCAUCGGAUUGGAUCCUGCUGGACCAUGUUAUAGACAGUUGGGCCCUAAGUACAGAUUAGACCCUUCUGAUGCUGAUUUCGUAAUGAGUAUCGCAACAAAUAUAGAUGGUCUUGGUAUUGGUAUUCCGGUUGGAACUGCGACAUUCUACGUCAAUGGAGGAGAGUACCAACCUGGCCACAUUCCUUUAUUACCUUGCGGCGUCUUCUGCAGCCACUUAUGGGCUUUAAUCCUUUGGAUAUCAGCUUUGUAUAAUCCAGGAAUAUUUGUGGGAGUUAAGUGUGAAUCUGUGGACCAGGCUAGGAAUGGUUUGUGUUAUAAUAACACCCCAGUAAUAACGAAUAAUAUGGAUAUGACCGUGGAUGUAACUAAACCUGGUAUUUAUUAUGUACCUACUACAAGUGGGCAUCCCUAUGGAGUAGGGAUGAAAGGUUUGAAGAUGUGGAUGAAAGCUAGACGGUUAGAACGGUUAAAGUUACGCAAAGACAAAUAUUAAUUUAUCAUUUUAAGCCGAAGAGGAGAUUCUAUGUUGACUGUUCUUUAACACUACAUUUUUUUAUGUAUUUUACGGAAGAAUUUAAUGUUAAUUAAAAUAUUAUUAAUGAAAUAUGUAUUACCUUUAUUAUUACCUGAGCAGACUUCUUAGAAAUUGCUAAGAACAUAUGUGUAGAAGUUGGCGCUUUCGCGGUUUUCAUCCGCUCUGAACUGAUAAACUUGAAUGGCUGACCUGUUAUUUCUGUAUAGUUAAUUGACCGCACAGGUUUUUAUAGAGAUGUGUACCCCUAGUGUAAAUUUAUUCGAUGGCGUAACGUGACGUACGCGUUUGCGUUAGGUCUCAUUUUGUAUGGGAUUUUGAGUUUUCAAAACGUUCCGCUUGGCGCGCUGUUUCUAAAUCCCAUACUAAAUGAGACUUAACGCAAACGCGUACGUCACGUUACGAAAUCGAAUAAAUUUACACUAGGGGCUCAAGUAUAUAUAGCCUGUCCGAUUUUGAAGAUCAAGUUCGCCAUGGCGUUCUUGAUCUUAGAAAAACGGACAGACUAUACCUGAUUUAAUUAAAGUAGGUCUUUUAUUAGGUAACAUAUAUAGUUUAGAAAUCAACCAAUUAUAAAUAAAAAAUACUGUAUUUUAAAAUGUUUUUUGACCGACCUCAUAAUUUCUUGAUACGUUCGAGUAAGGAUAA